CGGCUCCCGACCGCUCUCCUGCCACUUCCUACCCUGCUCUCCUCCAUCCCUCUCCUCUCCCCUCCUCUCCCCCGUCCACCUCCUCUCCUCCCCCCGCGCAGGCGCCGAGCGAGGGGAAGAUGGCGGCGCCCGUGGACCUGGAGCUGAAGAAGGCUUUCACGGAGCUCCAGGCCAAGGUGAUAGACACGCAGCAGAAGGUGAAGCUGGCCGACAUCCAGAUCGAGCAGCUGAGCAAGACGAAGAAGCACGCGCACCUCACCGACACCGAGAUCAUGAUGCUGGUGGACGAGACCCGCAUGUACGAGGGCGUGGGCAGAAUGUUUAUUCUUCAGUCUAAAGGAGUGAUUCAUAAUCAACUCUUAGAAAAACAGAGGAUAGCAGAAGAGAAAAUUAAGGAAUUAGAGCAGAAGAAAUCGUACCUGGAACGAAGCGUGAAGGAAGCAGAAGAUAACAUCAGAGAAAUGCUGAUGGCCCGGAGGGCGCAGUAGCUGCGUGGUUCCCGUGGGGCAGGCCUGUGGCACCCUCUGGGUGAUGCUGGGCAGCUCUGCCGGUGCUGCUCACCACCUACACGAUGGCUGUUACUUGGCAGUUUUAAUAAACUCCACCACAAAGGCUGCGUUAGCUCA